CGCAGAGAAACAAGUGUUUUAUUGUGAAAAGUAGAAACCGGAAAUUCUACUGUCUUCAAUCGCUGUUAACGAUGACUCCAACCUACAAUUUGACAACUUUUCACGAGAUGGCGCCACCUGCUGUGAUGAUGUUGGUAUUGUUGGCCCUUCAGUUUGUGGCGGUACUAAGCUUUCACAAACAUGAAGAUGAUUUUGGACACCAGCUGAAUUCUGAGCAUAACAUGAACGUCCUGCUGGGAGAGAAGGACACUGAGGAGUUAAAGAAACUAAGUCCAGAAGAGCAGAGAAAAAGAAUGAUGGAAAUUGUAAAGAAGAUUGACAAAAAUGGUGACAAUUACCUUAGCGUGGAGGAGAUUGCGCUAUGGAUUCAGCAUGUCUACAGAAAAUACGCCCUGGAUGACGCAGCGGAGCGUUUUGCUGAAUUCGACACCGACAAAGACGGUAUAGUAUCGUGGGAGGAGUAUAACGUGGCUGCUCAUGACCAGCUCUUUAGUUUGGAUGAAAGUACCAUUCUGGGUGAUCCAGAGCAAGAGUCUCUGCAACACCUCCACCUGAAAGAGAGGAGGCGCUUCAAUUUCGCCGACCAGGACGGGACGCCUGGCCUCAAUGUGACCGAGUUUCUGGCCUUCACCCACCCGUCUGAAGUGGAUUACAUGGCUGUAAGAUCAGAUUUUGCCAUUGAGGAUGUGCUGAGUGACUACGACUUGGAUCAAGAUGGAUUGAUCAAUCUGAAGGAAUUUAUUGGUGACCUUCGACGUGAAGAGGACGCACCUUCGCAGUGGGAGGUUGAGGAGACCGUGCGAUUCAAGGACCUCUACGAUCAAGACAAAGACGGUAAGUUGAAUCGAGAGGAGCAACUCCGCUGGAUCGCGCCCAACAGCUACGGCGCUGCUCAGGAAGAAGCUCUUCACCUUAUUAGGGAGAUGGACCAGGAUGAAGACGGGCGGAUCUCGGAGGCUGAAGUCUUGAAAAACCCAGACACCUUUAUGAACAGCGAAGUGACGGACUACGGCAGACAUCUGCACUUGUCACACGAUGAAUUAUAAUUUCUAUCGAUCUUUA